AGCUUCAAUAAUGCUAUCAGCUGUUCUUUGAGCAAAAGGAUGCCAGCUGAUGUUCAAUAAAAAGGUUUCUACAAUGGUUGAAGAUAAUUAAAUCUUCUAUACGAAAGUUUUACUGUACCACUAGUAACAAAGAAAUAAAUUGUUAAGAAAAUCAUAAGAAAUCAGCAGAUUUUAAAGAAUGUAGUUAUAAUUCAACAAAUGAUGAAAAAAGCGAUUCCUUUAGUUACCAUUGUAAACGCUGGCCAUCAUGGUUAUGAGUCGGGAUUAAAACUACAAAAACAACUAAGUAAUCAGAAAGCUGAAGAUUGGGUCAAUUUCCGUAAUUAUUUAAUUUUACAGCAACAUGAUCCAGUGUAUACUAUAGGUAUACGAACGAAGAAUUAUUCAGAUGCAGAUGAACAACGUUUACGUAAAUUGGGUGCGGAGUUUUUUCGAACAAAUCGUGGCGGUUUAAUAACCUUUCAUGGACCAGGUCAAUUAGUUGCAUAUCCCAUAUUACAUUUGCAUCAAUUUCACCCGAAAAUGAGAUGGUAUGUUGCUACAUUGGAGAAGACUGUUAUUGAAACCUGUCGCAAAAUGGGUAUUCCACAGGCUACUACUACAUCAGAUACUGGCAUAUGGGUAGGAAAUAACAAGAUUUGUGCAAUUGGUGUACACGGCUCUAGAUAUGUUACAACACACGGCAUAGGUCUUAAUUGUUGCACCGAUUUACGUUGGUUCGAACACAUUGUUCCAUGUGGUAUUGAAGGCAAAGGUGUUACCUCAUUGAGUAAUGAGCUACAACGCAAUGUAUGUGUAGAAGAAGCAGCGAAAGUCUUUGUACGAUGUUUUGCAGAGCACUUUAAAUGCCAAAUACAAGAAAAAGUGCAAUGAUUUUAUAAGCAUUUUUCAUAUUAGUGAUACAUGGCUUAUCGAUAUAAACGAAAAAAACAAAUUAUACAUUGCUAGUAAAAAAAUUAUCUAAGUACAUGACCAUUAUCAUAGGAAUUUACUUACGUGGUUAAAAGUUCGCAUUUACAUGCACGAGUAGAUAUUACAGUUAUAACGGGAAAUAAAAAGAAUGUCAAAGGAAUCUUAUUGAAACCGA